UUGAAUCUUGUCUCUGUUGAAACCCCCCCAGUCUGUCCCAGUUAAUUCAAACAUACACAUAUCUUAAUUUUUUUCAAUUAAACGCGCACAAGUACUCUUGUGAUAUUAUCAUCAUCGUCAUCAUGAGGUUGAAUUCAAUAAUUCCCAAUUUUAAAGCAGAAACAACUCAAGGACCAAUUGAUUUCUAUGAUUGGCAGGGAAAAUCAUGGGUGGUACUUUUUUCACAUCCAGCUGAUUUUACACCAGUUUGUACAACUGAAUUGGGAAGAAUUGCUGUUCAUCAGUCACAUUUUAAAGAAAGAAAUGUUAAAUUAUUGGCUCAUUCUGUUGAUAAAUUAAAAACUCAUGUUGACUGGGUCAAUGAUAUCAAAUCAUACUGUCAAGAUAUUCCUGGUGAAUUUCCAUAUCCAAUUAUUGCUGAUGCUGAUAGAUCAUUAGCUGUUAAACUUGAUAUGAUUGAUGAAGAUUCAAAGGACAAUGUUGAACUUGCAAUGACUGUUCGUGCUUUGUAUGUUAUAAGUCCUGAUCAUCGUCUACGUUUGAGCAUGCAUUAUCCAACAUCAACUGGACGCAACGUCGAUGAAAUUCUUCGUGUUAUUGACUCACUUCAACUUGUUGAUCGUAAGCCACAAAUUGCUACACCAGCAAAUUGGGUGCCUGGUGAAAAAGUUAUGAUUCUUCCGGCAGUUAAAAAUGAAGAACUUGAUUCUUUAUUUCCUGGAGGAGUUGAUACUGUUUUGAUGCCAUCAGGGAACGUUUACAUUCGUACUACAACAGAUUACUAAUCUUAUUAUUUUUGUCAAGUGUUAAAGUAACACAUCAUCUUGAAGAAUCUUAAUAAAAUGCUCUUGAAAAAAAUAUAAAGAAAAAUACAGAAAAAAAAUUUUAAAAAAGGUCUGGACAUUUAAAGCAACUAUGUAUACUACAACUUUUAUUAUUAUUAAUAAUUUUUAAAUUUAAAUAAACAUUGGUCAAUUGUUAAAAA